AUGUUGCAAUUCCGAACGCUCCGAUUCUUUUCGAUAACGCACAACUAUAUACCAAUACGUCGGUAUAGCGAUUUACCAUUGAUUGCUAAUAGGAAAGAAGUUCCACCUCCCCGAGGCAAUAUCUCAACACCAAAGGAUUUUCUGGAGCGUAUCGGACGUGGAUGUGUGGGAUUGGCAGAUAAGUUUCAAGACUGGGAACAUCUAUUCACCGCAACUAGUCUCGAAAUGAAGAGUAAAAUGGGAUUGGCGGCAAAAGAGCGAAAAUGGAUUCUCCGGUGGAGGGAGCACUACCGCAAAGGAAUAGAUCCAUAA